AUGAAAGUGAAUGACAAAUCGGUCAGAGCACUAGAUGGCAUUGAGCUACCCAAGUGGGUUCAUGAAGUGUUAGGUUUUGGCCCAAAGCACCCGGUGAGGGAUCGUUUCAAUGAACUUCACUUUCUUGCGGACAUUGAUAAUUUUUUAUCUGAGCUUAAAUCGCAAAAGGUAGCAGGUGAAAAAUUAUGUGAAAUUGAAGCUGCUGCAAAAUCAUACGCUAAACGUGUGCGGCAAACACCGUCGGAUAGCGGGAUUGAGAAAGCCAGGAAGUAUUUGAAGGACAAUGGUCUCUUGGCAGUCCCAUGCGAUAAAGGUGUUGGCUUCUGUGUAAUGAAGAAAACGACAUAUGAGGCUAAACUAACUGAGCUGCUGCAAUCGGAACAAUUUAGCGAAAAACCAGGUUUAACUGAUAGUGUUGUUAUGAAAAUUGAGAAAGACAUCAACAAAGAACUGUUGGCCAUGAAAAAGAAAGAUGAGAUCGAUGAGGCACUGUAUAGUAGGCUUAGGUCCACGGGAGGGCAGCCAGCUCGAUUAUAUGGAUUGGCUAAAGUACAUAAGAAAGGAACCCCUCUCCGUCCCGUACUGUCACUGCCAGGGAGCUCAUAUGAACAUCUAAAUAAAACUUUGGCCAAAUUUUUUGACAACAUUGAGGGGGCAAACAUUGAGACAAACACACAAAUGGCUCGGGAGAUCAUAGAGAACAUAGAUCUAGACUAUAAUGAGAGUAUUAUCUCCCUGGAUGUCAAAAUUUUGUACACUAAUGUCCCACUAAAGGAGGCAAUAGAUAUAGCACUGAGGAAACUGUACGAACAAACUAGUCCUCCUAAACUGGCACGCGGAACUAUGAAGAAAUUGUUGAACAUGGCUCUAAGUAAGGUGCACUUCAAAAGCAAUGGUUUAUGUAAUGUAUCCGACAAAGAAUAUGAGCAAAUCUCAGAAAUGGUUUGGUAUUGUAAGAGAUGUAAAGAGCAGCGAGAUCAAGAAAAACCAACAGAAAGUGUCAAAGCGUUCCUAAGAUAUGUAGAUGAUAUAGUGAGGACGGUAAAGGGGGAUCCAGAUACAGUGUUAAAAGCAGCUAAUGAGCUCCACCCCAACUUACAAUUCACUAUCGAAAAUCCGGAUUCGAACGGAGACUUAGCCUUUCUAGAUUUGAACAUUUAUGUGGACUCACGAAAAAAGAUAGCUUGCAACUUAGCUGGACCAUUAGGAGACUUGACUGGAACAGGUGGCCAGUCGAGUGGGAGAGUGGUCCACAGGGACUCAGCUGGACCAUUAGGAGACUUGACUGGAACAGGUGGCCAGCCGAGUGGGAGAGUGGACCAGAAGGUCCUGGGACAGGACCAGAAAGUCUUAGGACAGUACAUAGAAGUGUUGGGACAGUACAUAGAAGUGAUGGGACAGUACAUAGAAGUGUUGGGACAGCACAUAGAAGUGUUGGGACAGUACGAAGAAGUGGUGUGA